AGCUUUUAAUAACAGAUUAUCACCCCCUUUUAAAUGUUUUUACAUACACAUGCUGCUUGAUUUCUGAUGUUUUUUUGCACAUUUUUGUGAGAUUAUUUACACACAACUGCCAGCUCCUUGUCGCUAGUGCUAAGAAACGUACUAUGAUGUUAAGAAUGUGUUUUUAGCUUCCGUGCUAACGUUAGCUAGGUCACUCUCAGCAUUCGGUUGAUUGAAGCCUGUCUGUCAUCGCUUGUUUGGUUCCUAGAGCAUAAACCAGCAUGGCACAAAGUGCCAGGACAGACUGCCCGGAGCUCCCCGACUUCUCUCUGCUGAAGAGGCUGGCCAGAGAUCAGCUCAUCUACCUGCUGGAGCAGCUUCCGGGGAAGAAGGACCUCUUCAUCGAGGCGGACCUGAUGAGCCCGCUGGACCGCAUCGCCAACGUGUCGACGCUGAAGCAACACGAAGUCGACAAACUCUACAAAGUGGAACAUAAACCUGUCGUCAGCACCUCAGAUCAGCUCUGCUUUCUGAUCCGACCGAGAAUACAAACUGUCAAAUGGAUCUGUGAUGUGGCCAAUGCAGACAAGGCAGUGGGACGAUUCAGAAGAUACAAGAUUAUCUUUACUCCUCGGAAGUUCUAUGCGUGUGAGGCGGUGCUGGAGGAGCAGGGCAUCUUCGGAGAGGUGACCACGGACGAGUGGUCCUUCUCUCUCCUUCCUCUCGACGAUGACGUCAUCAGUAUGGAGCUGCCAGAGUUCUUCAGAGACAACUUCCUGGCGGGGGACCAGCGCUGGGUGAGGACAGCCGGCAGCGCGCUGCACCUCCUCCACUCCCUCUACGGCCCCUUCUCAAAGCUCUACGGGAUCGGGCGGUGUUCCAAGAUGGCGUACGAGUCGUGGAGGGAGCAGGUGGAGGAGGGCGAGCAGACAACCCGUCAGGCCGAGAUAGGGAAGGUGUUCCUCAUCGACAGAGACGUGGACUUCGUCACGCCGCUGUGCUCACAGGUCGUCUACGAGGGACUCGUGGACGAUAUCUUUAGAAUCAAAUGCGGAUGCGUGGAGUUCGGACCUGACGUCACGUCCUCUGACAAAAGUCUGAAAGUCAUGUUGAACUCUCAGGACAAGGUCUUCAGCGAGAUCCGGAACGAGCACUUCUCCAACGUCUUCGGCUUCCUCAGUCAGAAGGCCCGGAACCUGCAGGGCGCGUACGACAAGCGCCGGGGGAUGGACAUCAAGCAGAUGAAGACGUUUGUGUCGGAGGAGCUCAAAGGGCUGAAGCAGGAGCACCGGCUGCUGAGCAUGCACAUCGGGGCGAGUGAGUCCAUCAUGAAGAAGAAGACCAAGCAGGACUUCCAGGAGCUGUUGAAGACGGAACACUCUUUACUUGAAGGAUUUGAAAUCCGGGAGAGCAUUUCUUUCCUCGAGGAGCACAUCAGCCGACAGGUGUCCAUGAUGGAGAGUCUGAGGCUCCUUUGUCUUCUGUCCAUCACAGAAAACGGGCUUCUGCCGAAGGAUUACCGCUCACUGAAGGCUCAAUAUCUGCAGAGCUACGGGGCGGACCACCUGCUGACCUUCUCCAACCUGCGGCAGGCGGGUCUGCUGGCGGAGCAGCCGGCGGGGGAGGCGCUGAGCGCCAUGGAGAGCAAAGUGGGCAAGCUGGUCAACGACAAAGCCGCGGGCAAGCUGAGCGACGCCUUCUCGUCGCUGGGGAGGAAGAGCAACUUCAGAGCCCUGAGCCGGAAGCUCAACCUGGUGCCGAAGUCGGACGAGGAGUACGACCUGCGCGUCCCGCGGGACAUGGCCUACAUCUUCAGCGGCGCCUACGUGCCUCUGAGCUGCAGACUGGUGGAGCAGGUGCUGGAGCGGGACGGCUGGAGCGGGAUGGAAGAAGUCACCCGGCUGCUCAACGGACACGAGUUCGCCGUCACAGGUGGCAGCGGAGCGGAGGCGAGGACGCAGAGCGACGCUCAGCGCAUCGUCCUUGUCAUGUUCCUCGGAGGCUGCACCUUCUCGGAGAUCUCAGCUCUGCGCUUCCUCGGCAGAGAGAAAGGUUACAAGUUCAUCGUGGUGACAACCGCCAUCACAAACAGCUCGAGGCUCAUCGAGUCGUUGCUGGGCAACCAGAUCUGAAGCCCACACACACAGAGCCUGUCACUCAUUCCCAGAAACAAAGGACCCCACAGAUGUACAAAGUGAAUAAAUGUUGCCCACGCGGUGCAUGCUGGUUCACUUUAUUUGGUCUGCGAGGUGGAAUUUUAGCAUCGACCGGCGUGAUGCGGUGUGUGAGAAGAGGAACUCUGAAGGUUUCAGGUUUUGACGGAGCUUGAAUUCUGGGACAGGAAUGUGGUCAGAAGUGCAGAGCCACAUUCUUUUAACUUGAACACUCAUCUAAAUAAGACGUCAGUCCGCUACCAUACGAUCACCAGUUUAUAAAAGAGAUCAAAUGAAUGCAACAUUCACGUUAAUGAAGUAGCAAAAUAAACCCAGAAACAUGUAUCAUAAUGAAA